UUAUGGUGCGGGGCGCAGGACGGAGGGGCGGCUGUCAAAUCGAAUUACAGCCCCGAGUUACGAUUCACGUUAAUUUUGCCCGAAAAGCUUUUUCCUGAAUUAAUUUACUCGCUAUUUCCAAUCUAAACUCGGGUGAACGACGCGCAAGCACGAAAAUAUUUAACAGAAGUGCGAUAUCUUUCAUUCCAAAUUCCGAACUCACAUAGUAACCUGCUAUUUUUGUUUGGUAGUCCAGUGCCACAGUAAAUAUUGUUCUUUCGGUGUCUCGAAAUAUUAGUGCAGUGUUUUUUUUAUCCUCUUCCUAACCGUAGCAGUGGAGCGUGAAAACUUGCAGAAAUACUGAAAUAAUACUUUCGCAAUUCGUAAAUUUGUGUCAGUGCAUACGAUCGCGCGAAUGACCACUGCCCUAAAAUUCAGUGCCAAAACCAAAUGUUAAUGUAAAUUGAUACCUUUUUUGAUCGAUAACGUCUAAAAAUGCGGUAUUGACUUUAUAGUGAACCUGUUUAAUUUAGUGUAGAGACAGAAGUGUACCUGAAUCAAAUUUAAAUGGGGAAUGGCUGUGACAUUCCAUUUUCAGAAGACUGAACUGAUAAAACUUAUAAGAAAAUAUAACAAUUAAAGUUAUAUUUUUAAUUUCCACUUUGAGGCAAAGGCUAAAUAAAAUGUGGAUUCAGGCUACAUGGCAGAUAUAACAGGAACAUUAUGUCUCAACCUUCAGUCAUGAGAAGGGUAUUUGGCGUGUGCUCUGAUGGGUGGCUCCUUUGUGGACAGAAUGUGAGCGGCUAGUGGCUGUCUUCUAUUUGUUGUCUGGCUCUCCGCACGGCUCGGUGAUGUCUUGCCAGUCGCUGGCGGCGCGCGCCUUCGCCGAGCCGGAUAAGGACUCGCAUUGUACGAGGACAACCUUCCACAGAACGGUGCGGUUCAGUUCAGAUUCCCGGAGUCAGACGACUAGGACAUCUAACGACACAGAAUGCAAGCGGGACACGCCAGGUUCGAUGUCACUCAGCGCACUGUCCGUGACGCCGAUGUCGCAGGGCUCCGCCAUGAGCCAGUCGGCCCCGACCGCCUCCACCACCUUCGACAUCGACAUUGACUCGCCACCCCCUCCCCCGGCGUGCAGGUUUCCGAAGCUGGAGGAAUGCGCGCACUUUCACUACGAGAGGGUCUCGCUGGGAGGCCUGUCCGUCGAACUGGUGCCUUGCGACACCAGCGGGGACUCGCCGUGCGAAGGAUGGGUAUGUCUGAAGGUGAGGUCCCACGUGAACUCCACAGAAGAGUCCGCCGAGUCCAGAGCGCUGAGUGCCAGCUGGACGGAGGCCAGCGACGUGCGGGAGUGGACCCUCACUAGGAAUAAGGACAACUUCUUGCAGCUGGAUGAAAUGUUGCACAGAUGUAUAUACGACCGUAAAGUCUCCGGCCUGCCGAACCUGAAGGAAUCCAUGACCCUAGAACUGGUGGCCGACGAGACGGAGUACAGGCAGCUGGUAUCCGACUAUGUGCACCAUUUGUCCAUCAUCGCGGACGACUCCAUCAAUUGCGGGCCGGCGCUCAACUGGCUGCAGAUGGACAACAAAGGUCACAAACUGCUGGUGUCAAAUGAAGACUCAAGUUCCAUUAACACGCCAGCCGUUGCCGCCGCCUAUUCCGUCAGGAAAUAUGUUUCACAGGCGCGGGAUGAAAUUAGUUUCGAAGUCGGAGAUAUGAUUUCAAUCAUUGAUAUGCCAGUGUUUUCAUUCUCGGCAGGCCCCCAGGAGUCGUUAUGGUGGCGCGGCAAACGCGGCUUUCGGGUGGGCUUUUUCCCGCACCACUGCGUCGCGGUCAUCGGCGACAAGGUGCCGCGACAUAUGACGCAGCCCCCGCCGAUUGUUGGGUCAGUAGCCAUGGCGCCGAUUAAGCCAGUGCUCCGCAAGCACGGCAAGCUCAUCUCGCUGUUCCGCAGCUUCAUCCUCUCCCGACCCUCGCGCAGGAGCCUCAAGCAGCAGGGCAUCCUGCGGGAGAGGGUCUUCGGCUGCGACCUGGGAGAGCACCUGCUUAACUGUGGACACGACGUGCCGCUGGUGCUGUUGGAGUGCGCGCGCGCAAUCGAGCGGCGCGGUGCGGUGGACGGCGUGUACCGGCUGUCCGGCGGCGCGGCGCUCACACAGCGCCUGCGCGCCGCCUUCGACGCGGGCCAGCCCGUAGACCUCGCGGCGCCGCUACAGCGAGACCCGCACGCGCUCGCCAGCCUGCUCAAGAUGUACUUCCGAGAGCUCCCCAACCCGCUGUGCACGUACCAGCUGUACGACAGCUUCGUGUCGUCGGUGCAGGCGCCUGAGGAGAUGCGCCUGCGGGCAAUGCGAGACACUGUGGUCAAACUGCCGCCGCCGCACUACAGGACUUUAUCGUACCUGAUGCGCCACUUGCGCCGAGUGUCGCUGCUCAGUGAGUCCACGGGAAUGACAGCGCGGAACAUGGCCAUCGUGUGGGCUCCCAACUUGCUGCGCUCGCCGAAACCGCAGCACGCGUUGCAAGGCGUCGCAGUACAGGCAGUGGUGACGGAGUUUCUGAUCUGCUACGCGGAGGAGUUGUUCGCUCAGGAGCAGGGCGCCGAUUCGGGUCCGCAGUCAUUGGAACAGGACCAAUACGACUCCCACGUGGAGUUGAGAGGUUUAGAAGCUGGCAGGAGGCCGAAGAGUUUACCUCUGCAUCCGCCAACUAAAUUAUUAAGCCUGGAGGAAGCCCGUCGGCGUGGCAAGUCCAUCAUCUGCGAGACGCCGCCGGCCGCGCCCGGCGCGUCGGGCGCCAUCGCCGCCGCCGUCAACGAGACUCUGCGCCCCGCCGGACACCUCAAACCCAAGUACAUCGAGGUGGGGUCUGGUCCCAACAAUCUACCUCAAUACCACACCGUCUUGGAAUUACCAGUUGCAGGGUCAAAGAGAGCACUAAAACGGUCACCGUCGGGUUGGCGCGGGUUGUUCAGUCGCAGUAAACUGCAACGCGCUCCUGCACGCCCUCCCGACACACCGCCGGCACAGGAGGUGUCAAUAUGUUCAUCGAACCUACGGCCCGCCAAGUCGUGCGAGUCGCUAACGUCGGAAACGGACGCGUUGCCGCCGCUUGCGGUCACGGCCGCCGCGCCGCUCAAACACCAUACAAGGUCGUCGUCGUGCGACUCGUACUUCGAGCCGUGGCAGGCGGAGCUGGCGGGCAUGCGCCUGCGCCUGUCGCCGCAGGAGCGCGACCACCACAUGUUCAGCGAGGAGGACGACACUGCGCACGCGCACAACCCGCAGGACGACUCCCUGUGCUCGUCUCCGCCGGAGUCAGGUGCCGCCAGCGCCGCCCCGAGCCCUCGGCGACCGCCGCGUCCGGAUACCGACCUCGCCGAAAGGAAACGCGUAGCCCUCGAACAGUUGGAGCAGCAAGUCGCGCAACUGGGGUACAUUGACGGCGACCCGGACACCGCCUUGCCCGACAAGCGGCCCGCCGCACCUAAAAGGUUAUGCAAAGACCGUGACAGCCCUCUGUCCUCAACGUCGGAUUUUCAAACGUCUCUCGCGAACGUAAAGCUCAGAGAGCGGAACUCACCGCGAAAACAAAAAAACUCGGCCCGGUACAGCGGUAUGCAUCACCCGGUUUUAACCGACCCGGAAAAAUCGGUCACGAGACUCACUUGGCAUGGCAAAGACGGACAUUCGACCCUAAUAAAAAUCGAUUGGCCUGCAGAAAAUUCUUCUAUAAGUAAUUUAACUACUAGUACUUUAAAUUCAAGCCCCGUUACUCCUUUAACACCUAUAUACGAUCCAUUAGAGAGCGAUUCAGAAGUCAGCGACAAUCGGCACACUAUCACUAUCAAAAGCAACGAUUGCGAUAAUUGUGACGAGGAGAAAUGUCUUAAAUGUGAACUGAAAGCGACCGAUUACGAGAACAUCAAAGACAUGUCGCGACAGUACUCAGAACAAAAUUUACACGACAGCUUAGAGGCCAGUCCAUUGCAUUCCACAGAUAUAAGCUAUCAAAACCUCAAUAGAUUAUCGGCGGUUUCCACGUCGUCCAAUUCCGAUCAGAACUCGCAUAAGAAGGAGUCUGAUGUCAUGAAAGUCAUGACGUCAUCCCACGAAAGUUCGUCUAGCUAUUCCAACGUUAGUUUUAAGCAAGACGAGUUGUAUGAGUGCUAUAACUUUUCGAGGCCAAAUUAUAUAAAUCUAUCUUCUAGUACAUCCAAGAGCUCCCCCGGCAGUCCAUUGAAAAGCCCCUUAAAAUCGACUAUUAGCAUAACAUUCCGAUCGCCAGUGAAAGUUAAAACGGAUGAUUAUGAACCAAUAGGGAAUAUGGAAACGCCAACGAACGAAAGAGACUCCGUAUACGAAGAUAUAGAUCUUGAGAAAAAUUUAUCAAUAGUCGAGGAGGCUUCAAUACCUCAGACAGAUGCAAGUCUACCAACGCAGCAAGCUUGCCAACCUGACGAUUUCAACCAAGAUCUGAUCAUCCUAGAAACUCCUACGGAUUCCACCGUAGAUGAUAACAUAGAUGUUUACAGUCAAGUCAAGUUCUUCAGAAAAAGUAUAGAGGAAGUAAAUGCUAUGAUAUUAGAGUCUCCGGAAAAAGAGGUUUGUUCUAUGUAUGAAAAUAUAGAGUUCGAGGAAACGAGACAGCGUGAUUACGAAAAUAUAAACGUUGAUACUCUAAAAAUCUGUGAUAAAGUAGAAAUAAGUAGUGUUAGAGAUGACGAAAGCUUGGAAAAAGAAAACGGAAACGUUAUAAAACCAACAAUUGCACCUAAGAAUUUGAACGUUAGGGAACUUGCGAUACGCUUCGAGAGUCCUACGGAACAAAAGGGACCGUUUAACUUUGACAAAUAUAAAACUGAAGUUAAGUAUCCUACUCUAGAAAAGAAAGAGGAAAAAAUUGAAAGAAAAAAAGAUACGAAACCACCACCGAUUACCCCAAAAACGUACAAACUAUCCAAAAAUUCAAAUGCCAGAUCACUGGAUGAAAAUGCAUUUGUCAAAGAGUUUGGCAAUGAAAAGGACAGGAGAAGAAGUUUAGAAGUAAAAGACGUGAAGCGACAGGCAAAAUAUUUACCUGAUUUGAACUUAAAUAUGGAGGAACCGGAGAUAAAAUUAGAAAGUAUAACUCCUACAACGGAAAAUAAACUAUCUCUAAUACAGAGAUUCGACAUUAAAAAGCCUACUGACUUAAAGAACUUAAUCGGUUUCGAUACGGAAAAGAAAUUGAGUAGGGAGCGUAUUGAGAAAUAUAAGGAAGAGAGGCGUAAUUUUUUAAGGGAAAAAUAUAGUUCACAGUCAUUCAGAAGUAAUCCGGAACAGCUAACACGGAUCAAGUUAAAGAAAGAUGAGAAAGAGUGUGAGAGACUGAAAGAGGAAUUGCCUAAAUUUGAGAGGCGGAACACGGUUGAUUUAGGUCAAAGAAUGAGGUUUUCCUUGGCCAGAAGUGCUAAUAACUUGGACACGAUUCCAUCUCCUAUUAGUCCUGGAGAUGAAUUGCCCCAGAACGGGGAGGCCGAUGAUAGACACUGCGAAGACAGGAGAGAAAAAGUGUCACCGUCGUACAACAUACGCGACAUGGCUGCCAUGUUCGAACAGAAAUCACAAGGCAACGGCUGACCCUUGCCUCGUUAUAACGAAUAGCCGUUAUAACGAGCAACCGGUUAUAACGUGUGUAAACGUUAUCGUAUUUUAUCGUUGUAACGAGUUUCCGCCGAUGUUUUUUAUAACUCUAAGUACUUAUAACGAUUUAUUGUCGCUCUUUAUACAAAAGUUUCAGUACAUUGUACGUACCCGUCAAAUUAAGCUUACUGUACGCUUUUAUAUUGAUAUCAUAUAAAAUAUCGUGACGAUUACUCUUGCAAGUUGUGAUUGCGACGUCGGUUCGUAACUUUGUAAACAGCUUAUAAAAAAAAAGCAUAAAGCAAGCGUACAGUGACAGAAAAUUGAGACAAAACAUUUGUUGAGGCUACGCUAAGUAGUAAGUACUAUUUAUAUUGUACACAAAACUUAUACUAAAUUGACAGGGUAAGCACUAUCCUUUUAACUAAAUUAUUUUUCGUCAAUUUAGUUGUUUUAAAAAUAAUAAGUUUUGUUUAAAAAAAUAGAAACAAUCACAGUGCCAGUAACCAGUUACAAGAUAACCGUUAUAACGAUAACGAACAUUACAUUUAAUUGUAACGAAUAAAAGUCGUAACGUGUUUUUCGUUAUUCCGUUAUGAAUGUAGAUAAUAUUUGUAACGCUUUAAAUUAUUUAAUAAACUGUUAUAUUAGUUUAACUGAGGUUAGUCAGUGUUGCAAUUAGUUUUAUGUUAGUUUUGCACCAAACAAAGUGGAUUUAAAAGCCUAAUGACUUCUAAUAUACAAAUUAAUAUAAAACUGUAUUUUAUAGUUAUUUUCAAUAUUGUUAACAAGAACAAACAGCAAGAAACUCCGUAGUUGCUUUGUAUAAAUACGUUUAAUUAAUGUUUGACUGCUAGAUCUAUGCCCUUCUAAUGAUUUCCACAUUCAACUUUCUCGUGCCGCCUGUGACCAGCAAUUCUCCAAGUAGGUGCUGGGGGUUUUUAAGCUGACAUAAAACAUGUGGCAAAAAGGUAUUUUAUCCAAAAUAUAGGUAACGUAAGUUUGGGGGCCGCUGCAUUUCAUAUGUUAUUAAAGUUUGGGAAGCUGUGUGCGGGUUGUAUUACACACAGAAUUAAGAACACAAGAAACCGCGUACACGCCUAAUAUUGAAGCAUCACAAACCUUUCUCCACUUUAGAGCUUUUUCUCGAACAAACGGUGAGUCACUUCAUAACAUUUAGCAGUUGAAUGUUAUGAUUUUACCUCUUAUGUUCUAAACGUUUACCAUAAAAUGGGGAAAUGGGCAAAAGUUUGUGGGCUAGCAACAUUCCGCGGGUGAAAAAUUAAACGGGCGCGGGGUGUUUUUGGACACAAUGAAUUGCAUACAUAAUUCUGUGGUUCUGCGCUCAUAUUAUUGUAAUUUUUUAAUUCGAUCUGUAUUUCUUAAUUAUUGCGGUUGUAAGGUAUUUGACUGGUAAAAAACAUAUAUCGCAACAUUAUUGGUUCUUUAAUAUGGUAAAUAUUCCACUUUCUACUCCAAUUACUCGUAAAGCUUGUCUUAAACGUACCCCUUAGACGUCAAUAAUCUCGAUUAAAAAAAAAUGACAAAAAUAACUUUUAAGAAAUAAUAAUUACAGAAAAAUAGAAAUAUUUCCUUACAAAACUAGGAUACAUCAACAUUUUGAUUAAAAUAUAAUAUAACCAUGUAAAGAUAUACUCAGUCAAAUACCCGUUUUGUAAAAAUUGUGGAUGAAUGCUUUGAAAAUAAAUUAUUAAUUUUUACUUUUUGGUUAAACCGCGGCAUUUGAGUCUCAAUACGCAUUUAGUGUAUAAAUAUCGUGUGGUAUAAAUGUUGAGGCCCUGCGACAAAAUUUCUGAAGUGAGCUACGAUGCCAAGUAGUUAAUGGUACAUACUUGACGAGUCAAAAGUGCUUAUAUUAGGCCUACUUGAAAUAAAUGAAUUUUUAAUUUUUUUGAAUGAGAUGAAUGUAUAUUUCAGUUUUAAAUAAUCAAAACCUUAUAAUUGUAGGUAACCUCUCAACUAGCAAACACGGUUAAAUCUAUACUUAUCGUUACAUAGUUGUUCUAAUUGUGCAUCAGAUGGCAUUUUAUGUAAAAAAGUUUUUCUAACAACCUACGAAAAAAACAAAUGUGCAGGUAGCAAAUAGGGACCAAAUUAUUUUUGUAGAGACAACCAACUCCCUUACAAGUAGCCUUUUUGCCCUACAGUCAAAAUAACUAAUAAUUUCAGACAAACAGGUUAGGUAUUUUUACGUUGUCCCUGAAAGGUCUAAGAAAAUCAUCUCAAAUUCUAAGAUUACUUUGCAGCACACAUUAAUUUUAAACUCAUAUUUAUUUGUUAAAAUUAUGAACCCAAAGUUCAAAUUUCUUUAUUACGGGUGGUUUGUAUUAGGUUUGUACACAAUAAUUAAAGGAGAAACACUGAGAAGUACAGCCAAAAUCCGCCACACAGCGUGCAAUAUUGCAAUAUUUAAAUAAAAAGUGGUACCUUUUACGGGUAUCAGAUCCUUUGUAGAGUCAGUCUCGCUUAUUCAAGAACUUAAGUUGGUCGCUGGGUUUAUUGUAAUAGCAGCAGCGAACCGAAACAGAGCUGGAUUACUCUUGAUGAGAAUAGCAUUACAAACUAUCGUAGAAGUCUCCCUGGUAAGAUACAGUUGCAAAAGUUCAGAAAUAAAAUUAAAAUGUAAAUCUGAAACGGCUACGAACGGAAAUUUUGUCGCAGUGUUUUUUCUCAUGACAUUACGAAGUUUGAGAGCAGUGUUUGUAAAUAGAACCAUGUUUUAUAACAGUGCCUUUGUAAAUUUGUUUAAACACAAACUAAGAAUCCAAUUGUCAAUUUAUGAAAGGAGAAGAAGUCUUAUGAUAUGAACGAUGGCGUUCAGUAAACUUAGAAAUCUGAGAAAAAUUUAAAUUUAUUUGCAUAAUAGAAACUUAGCUCUAAGU